UUUUACUUCAAUUGAAAAACAAUUAAUAUUUGAAACAUUAUAUUACAAAUAUAAAACAAUCAAAUUAUCCAAAUGAAAGUAUUUAAUUUAUAUAUAUUUGAUAAAUAUGGCACCCUGAUGUACUAUGCCGAAUGGAAUCGUACUAAGAAAUCGGGGUUAACACAAGAGGAGGAAGCCAAGCUCACCUAUGGCAUGUUGUCGUCCAUUAAAUCCUUUGUAAAUAAACUUUCACCCCAUGACCCAAGGGAGGGAUUUCUGUAUUAUAAGACUAACAAAUAUGCUCUACAUUAUUUGGAAACGCCUUCCGGGUUAAAAUUUGUCUUGAACACCGACACCAAUGCCACAAAUGUCAAAGAGCUGCUGCAGCAGGUCUAUAGUAAAAUUUGGGUAGAAUAUGUGGUGCGGGAUCCACUGUGGACACCCGGAACUCCUGUCACAUCGGAGCUUUUUCAAACUAAAUUAGAUGAAUUCAUAAAACAGUCGCCCAUUUUUGGUCUAAGAAAUAUAUGAGAAGUCUAAAGAAACUGAUUGGAAUUUAAAAUAUUUGUAAUACCUACUACAGCAAUUAGGUUUUAA